AGUGUCGGCUCACUUCUGUUGUGCCAUCAGUUCCACUUCCCCCAACGCUGAAACAGCAGCUAGAAAACGCUUGAAGCCCAAAGUCCAUUAAGAUGCACUCCAUUGCCAUUCUGGUUCUGACUCUGGCCACCGUGGGCCUGGUGACACCAUUGAGUAACACCUAUCUGCCGCCGCAAGUGGGUGCCCAGAGUGGAUACAGUGCAGCGGCGUCCAGCUCCUCGGGAUCCUAUGCAGCUCCUGCGGCCACCUAUGCCCGCAGGUCCCACUCCGUGGCAGCUCCUUCCAGGCAGUACCUAGCUCCGGCUGCAUCGCAUAGUGGCUUCAGCUCGGGAGGCUCCUCCUACUCCGCCCCAUCAGUGUCCCACGUCUCGUACUCCGCUCCAGCUGCAUCCCGCGUCUCGUACUCCGCACCAGCUGCAUCCCACGUCUCGUACUCCGCUCCAGCUAUAUCCCGCUCCUACGCCGCCCCAUCCGUAUCACAUGGAUCGUACUCCUCCGCUUCGCGCACCAGCUACUCCGCUCCCGUGGCCACUCCAUCCAGGCAGUACCUAGCACCAGCAGCAGUGUCCCACAGCAGUUACUCCGCUCCCGCCGUGUCGCACAAGAGCUAUUCCGCUCCAGCCGUGUCGCAUGGCUCCUACUCCUCCUCGGGAGUUUCCAGCGGCUCCUACUCAGCUCCAGUUGCAUCCUACAGCUCCUAUUCCGCACCAGCCGCCUCCCGCACGAGCUAUUCAGCUCCAGUGGCCGCUCCCUCCAGGCAAUAUCUAGCACCGGCUGCCACCACUUACUCCGCCCCAGCGGUAUCCCACGGAUCGUCGUACUCCACUUCAUCGCUCUCCCAUGGUUCGUAUGCCGCUCCAUCCGUUUCCAGCAGGACCUAUGCCGCCCCAGCUGUCUCCCAAGUGAGCUACUCGGGAUCGAGCUCGGGAUCUGGCCACGGAUUCGGAUCUGGCUCCAGCCAUGGAUUGCUCCAAGGAUCGGGUCUGCGCUCUGGGCUCGGAUCUGGCUUUGGAUCCAGCUUCGGAUCUGGACACAAGUCCGGCUCCUACGCAUCCAAUGGAGGAUACGAGUACCGUCUGAAGCAUUAG